CGCCCCCGCGCAGACUGUCUCCCGGUGCCUGCCAGCCGCGGGGAAUGGGCGCCUUCCCCCACGGAGCCCGCUUCUGGAGUAAUUGAUAGAAACUUUACAUGGGAUAAGAUUUAGUCUCCCCACACUCCUGAACCAAUGAAGAGAAAAUGGGAAGAAAAACUGAAGCAAAUUGAAGAAAAAGCAUCCCAGUAUGAGAGGAACCCAUUGCCCUCGGUGUACGCCCCCAGGCUGUACAAGCCAGAAGAGCCAUCCCCUGUUUGGCAGCUGUUUCCUCGGCAAACUCAAGCUUUUGAUUUUGUUAAAAGCUGUAAAGAGGAUGUUCACGUAUUUGCUUUGGAACGUGAAGUGGGCGAUGGACAACGUAUUUACCUCGUAACAACCUAUAUUCAAUUUUGGUUUUAUUAUAAGUCCCGAAAAAAUCUCUUACACUGCUAUGAAGUCAUUCCUGAAAAUGCUGUCUGCAAGCUCUAUUUUGAUUUGGAAUUUAACAAACUUGCCAAUCCAGGAGCUGAUGGAAAAAAGAUGGUUGCAUUACUCAUUGAGCAUGUUUGUAAAGCACUUCAAGAAUCGUAUGGAGUUAACUGUUCAGCCGAAGAUGUUUUAAACUUAGAUUCCAGCACUGAUGAAAAAUUUAGCCGCCACUUAAUAUUUCAGCUCCGUGAUGUGGCAUUUAAAGACAACAUUCAUGUUGGUAAUUUUGUGAGAAAAAUUUUUCAGCCCGCUAUUCAUUUAAUUGCCAGUGAGGAUGAUGAAGGUGAUGGUGGGGUUCCAGAGACAGCAGGCCCUGGACUGGCCCGCUUUCCGGAAACACCCGCCCAACGGGGAGCUGCCCGCAGCGAAGCGCCCGCAGAGGAGGGGACGGGAGAGAGCGGGACAUCGGACUCCGAGAGACCGGAGGGGCGGGGGCCGGCCCAGCCACGCAGUCCUGGUCUUUCAUUUUCUAUUGUGAAGGACGCCGCCGGAAAAAGGUGCCUUUUUGUGGACCUGGGAGUUUAUACAAGAAAUAGAAAUUUUCGGCUGUAUAAAUCAUCAAAAAUAGGAAAACUCGUGGUUCUGGAGAUUGCUGAAGACAACAAAUUUUCUCUUAAACAGUCCAAUAAUAUUUCUGAAGAAAAUCAGUAUUUCCUCUCUUCUUUAGUCAGCAACGUCAGAUUCUCAGAUACUUUACGAAUUCUUACAUGUGAUGCAUCCAAGAAUAAACAAAAACAGAUUGGGCAUUUGAAUGGUACCAACACUUCAGUUGAAAGCUUUGAAGGUUUUCAGGGUUCGCCCUACCCUGAAAUUGAUCAAUUUGUUCUUUCUUUGGUGAAUAAAAAUGGCAUUAAAGGAGGAAUUCGGUGUUGGAACUACUUGUUUCGAGAACAAUUACUGGUUUAUGACAUUUGUAAAUAUCGCUGGUGUGGAAACAUUGGAAGAGCCCACAAGAGUAAUAAUAUCAUGAUUUUGGUUGAUCUGAAAAAUGAAGUUUGGUAUCAAAAAUGUCAUGACCCAGUAUGCAAAGCAGAAAACUUCAGAUCUGACUAUUUUCCCUUGCCUGCUGAAGUACGCCUGUCAUUUCUUCUCAGAGAGGAAGAAGAGUUUACAACAGACGAAACCAAGAGUCAUCAAAAGCCACCGUCUGGUUUGUUGUCAAAAACUGAAUUUUCUGAUCCUGACUGGGAUAAUGGCAUCGACGAUACUUGUUUUUUGGAAGCUACUGAUGAUGCUGAAUUAGCAGAAGCUGCAGAAAGUCUUCUUGGUUAUAGUGGUGGAGUGAGUGAAACUCCUGAUGACCUAGUUGUAGAAGCCUUACAAGAAUAGCUAAUUAACUGUGGGUGCUUAUAUAGCCAUGACCAGAAUGUAAUAUGAAGACAGAUUUUAAAAACACACUAAAUUACAGUAACUUAUGAUAAAUUAUAGUAACUCAUUGUUAAAUCUGUCGAUUAAGUUUUCACUCUGC